AACGAUAUAAAUACCGCGCCCGGACCGGGCCGCCGUUCAGACUAGCCGCCGACGACAGCGCCGCACCGCAACACGACCGCGCACCGAGCACCCGACCGCGCCACUCUCGAUUGUCGCUCGACCAUCGCAAUAAGUCCAACAGCACCCGCACCGCAACGCAACCGUCGCCGUACCGAAAGUCCGCGGCAGUUAGUUCACUUCGCGCAUCCGUAACCGUCAACCCGAACAGACCAUCCAGACCCGGCACCAUGGAAGCGUACUUCAAGGGCAAAAAAUUCAUCGUCACCGGCGCCAACGCGGGUAAGUCGUCGCCGGGCCGUACCGGUCCGUCCUCGCGAUGCCGAUUGAACAUUCGGGGAGAUAUACCCAGAAUCAAUCGUUAACGCGGUUUUUAAAUUAAAAUCUCUUUAUUUUACAAUGAGAGAGAUUAAAAUUUCGAUGUGUCCGCCGGUACCCAUACUUGCCGUAAAUCGUUGAAUAAUGUUCAUUUAUCGAAAAAAAAAAAAAAUAAAUAAAUAAAUAAAAAUACUCCGCACGACGGAUGGGCCACUGUUGCACGCGAGAAGUUAACGGAAACAUAGAAUAUAUAUAAAGGGGAAUUUAAUGCGUAUCUGUACGCAACGAUUGACCGUUGCUAACGAAAAACGGUUCUGAGCUGUGUUCGAUUUUACGUGUUUUGAAAAGCCGUAACGUUUACGAUUUCCGUCAAAAUUGUACAUAAAAAUUCCUAUAAAGAAACAGAAAUCUACAUUACGUUAAAUUUCUUUUUAAUUUUUUACCACAAUUUUUAACCUCCUGUUCAAUUUUCGAGCGUUUCUGUUUGGUCUCGCUAUUUCAUCCACAGAAUACUUGCCGAAUAAAAAUUACGUAUAAAAACCGUGAAAGAUUUCUGGUAGAAAAGUUGGUUUACGGAUGAAAAAAAAAAAAAUGAACGUCACUUUAAAACCAAUCAUUCCUCGUUUCGCUCAGAAUCUAAAACCUGAACGUAUACCUGUACAAUAAAUAUUAUUGUCUUGUUUAAAACGAAGCCUACACAUUCGAAUCAACUAAAAUACGAAAGAGAUAAAAUUAGUGCCUACAUAAAUAGUAAAUCGGUUAAUAAUAAUUAUCUAUAGAUAUACCUAGAAUCGUAUAUUAUAUACAAAAUUAUAGAAAUUAUAAAUUAAUACUUUUUUUUUUUUUUUUUACCUAUCCCGGGUACACGUUAUACAAUAUUGCACAGUUUUCAAAUUCGAUAACUACCUCGUCGGCAAAAUCGGUUCAAAUGAAUGACGACGGCGCGUUAUUUGUUUUGUUUUCCGUGUUUUGUUGUAGCUAAUGAGGCGGGCUGAUAAUAUUAUAAUUAUAGGUACUUAUUUUAAAAAAAAACUCAAACGAGAAUAAUAUAAUAACAAGUCGUUUUCCAUAACAGUCCGAAACCGAUAUCAAACGACACGUAACGUAACAAAAACGUAACAAGUUAAAUGGUGUUGUUAUCGAUUUAUCGAUGCCGAAACAAAGUUUGGGUUAUGUUUGCGCACACGGAAAGCGUCCAGUACCCGCGUUUGCUCGCGGAAUUCUAUCACGACUAUCCGGAUUUUUUGCACGAACGAUUCUCGUCAUGCGUACGACGCUGAAAAUAUUGCUCCGCAUUUAAUGCAUUCGAUUUUUCUCAACCCCCCGGGUUUCGCCGGAGAGUGAAUUACUAACGGAAAUCGGCGUACAGAUGUUCUGUAAUGAUCAUGGAACUCUUUGGUAACCUUGCAAGAAAUCUUAACGGAAAUCUUGAUAAUCAUUGGGAGAAAAUCGCUCGAAAGUUCGUAAAGAUUCGCCGAAAGCGCACUUGCGUUUCGGUUUCGGCAUAGUUAAUUAUUAAUUAGAGUUUGAAAAUACAGCGUUUAAAAUAACGGUGGAAAAACUGUCCGUUCAUAAUUUAGUUGCGUUCAUAAUUUAUCGAUAAUUAAUAUUUAAUCGGGAUUCAGAAAGCGGAAUAUCGAUUAUAUUAUUUGUCUAUAAAAUUAUUUUUCUCAUUAAACAAAUUGAAGUUUUUGAUCGGAAAUAUGAAAAUCUAUUGAUAUUUCAAAAUACGGGGAUUAAUUCAUUAUUAUUAUUUUUUUUUUUUUUACUUCAAUGGGAACGGCGAGACGUUAUCACGAAAUACUGUGGACGUACGGUGGAAUCCCUAGACUUCUAACAGACUUUAAGUAUUUUUUCUUGUUUACGUCCUUAUUGAUGAGACUUAUAUUUAUUUAUUUUUAUGCUCUAAAAUAACAAAAAAAUUAAAUCGCUGUCCAAUUGGUCGGUUUCUGUUUUUUUUUUUUUUUUUUUUUUUUUUUUUUUUUUUUGUUGUCCUAAACGCAUUUCGAACAUAAUUUAUUCUAUUAUCGUUUUUUAAACGAUCUUAUUAAAAUUAAAAUAAAAUAACAAGGAAUAGUCGACGCAACAUUGUUUUUCUCGGUAUUUCGUGUAUUUUUUUCGGUUGUUUUAAAAUAAUUAUUUCCGUACAUAUUGACCUUAAUACAUUUUUUUUUUUUAAUCCGAAACAUUUCUACCGACGCUCGUCGUAUCCUGAUUCUAUGUAGAAUUCGGAUUAGUCUGCCGUGUGUGUGUGUGUGUUUUGAUUUUUUUCAGCUACAGUUUUCUGACGGUCGUGUAUAAAAAAUAAAAGUUGUUAUUUUUAAAAAUGUACAAUUAUUUGCAAAGGUCAGCCCGUUCUUUUUCGGUUAUUCGGUAUAGUUUUAUUCAAAUCAAUCUCUUUUGAUGUUCGAUAAAAAAAAAACACACACACAUAAAUAAAAUAUCUCCGUCCUCUCCCCGCCCUUACAUUUCUAUUGGUAAUAUUUGGACUUUCGUUUUAUGACUCUAUAAUAUGCGUAUACUUUCAUAUUUCGUAUAUAUUCAUAUAUUUUUACGAUUUAGAUUCAGGGUGUACCGAGUAAUGUAAGGUUUAUUUUUUUUUACAUUUUUUUUUUUUAUCUGGGAAUAACUUUUCUACCAGAAAUUCAGCUCUAAUUUUCAAUCGUAGUGCGUUUUCCCAAAAGAAAUUUUAUCUGGGUGGUGCAUUGAGAAGGUGAUUUUUUAUUUUCCAGGCGGUUUUCGCAAUAAUCGGGAAAAAUAGGAAAAUGUACGUACAUAUAUAAAAUAAAUUUCGCUCCGAAUCACAUUUCGUUUGCGAGAUGGGUUUUCUUUGCGUACAGAUACGGAAUUUGAUAAAUAAAUUAAAUUCCCAUCUAUAUCCACCGGACUUCACACGCACUUCAAUGGUUCGCACAGCGAUGCGGAAUACGUCCGUCUUUUUUUUUAUUUCGCGGUUUUCCAAUAGUAUUUCCUUCGCCUUAAUUAUUUCGCAACUCGAGACUUUAUCGCGGAUAUCGCGCUGUCCGGUCGGAUUGCUUUUUUCGUUUAUCACAUAUUACACGUUUGUAUAUUUAUACAGAAAACGAUAUUGUCCGUAUUAUAUCUAUAAUAAUAUGAUUUGUGUUUUCCGGAAUACGAGGUGAAAUCCAUACGUAUGUAUGAAUGACUCGUCGUGUGUAUUGUACUUUUGGUCCCGGGUACGGGCUUAAGUCGAUUCUGUGCGGUUUUCGUAGCGAGCAAAUUGAAUUCCGAAAACACGUGCACUUGUGUCGUUUAGACCGAAACGGAAUAAAGAGGAAACAAAUUACCUUUACUUAUAAAACAAAGGUAUAAAAAAAAAUAAACGCCAACAAUUCACACGAGCCUUUCUUUCCCGGGACAAAAGACGCGUUCGUCCGAAAGUUUCCCGAUGUUUCUCGCAGUGUUAUUAUCACGCGUGGUUUUUUUUUUCGUUUUGUUAUGUUUUGUUUUUUGAAUUUUUUAAAUGUAGACGAAAUAAUAUUUAUAAAUAUAUACCGACCGAACACCAACAAAAUAAUCCCAUCUUCCCCCCAAAAAAAGCUCCAGUACAUUAUUAAAGAUUUUCGGCGAUUUACACAUUAUCCGUAUUAUAAUAUUAUGUUUUUAGUUUUUUAAAACGGGAGGUUUUUUUUCUUAAUAUAGAAUGCAAUUAUUAUUAGUUAUUUAAUUAGAAUUUAAAAAACUUCGCUCUCAUUAAGUAGAACGUUGCAGCUAUAUUAUAGAGUAAUAUAAUGUCGUUACGACCGUUUGCUAUAUUAUCGUAUGGCGGAUAAUAGUUUGAGAGUUGAGCAGCACGUCUAAAGUUAAAAAAAAAUUAAAAAUAAAGAAUACAAGCACGAUUUUUAAUCCGACCGAACGAUUUAUUUCCAUUUCGAGGACCGCGGACAAGUAUCGUUGGAAUAAUUAUCAUAAGGUCGUUAUUUCUAUAACUAUAUAUAGUACGAAAAUUCGGUAAUCUCCUACGCGGUCACAUACCGAAAGCUCUUACAUCACGAGAUUGCGUUAACUCCUAUGAUAAAAAAAUUUGAAUGAAAAAAAAAAAAACAUUAAUCGCAUUAUUAAUAAAUAAUUUGCAUUAAUUUUACUGUAACAGACUGUAUAUUACGAUAGGCCGAUACACGAUAUCCGAUAAUCUCUAAAAUACAUCGUCUCCAAAUGUCGAGAAGACACUCGAAGUAUAAUGUUGUAACAAGAAGCGUGUCGUAACGUGCGAUAAGUCUAUAACCAUCCCAGACUCAAUAAAGUUAAAAAGGAUUUGCGUACGCCAUUUUUUUUUUUUUUUUUUUUAUCGUUGCAGUUUAAACGGGCCAGAGUCACUGUCUUUACGGACAAUUCGGGCAAUAAAGCUAUCCGAGUAGGAGUUGUUUACACGCGGCCGAACCUUUUAAAAAAAUUGAACAAUAUACACGCCUUUCGCACGUGGCGCGAUAUGAAAUUUGAAAUCUGUAAACGCGAUGUUUGUCGCCGUGUACGGCUUCUGUCGGUUCGAUACGUUUUGAACGAACAACCAUAACGACACCAGAAUGUUCUACAAAUAAUAUAUUGUGUGUAACAUUUUAUCGGUUAUUGUUUAGUAGGUACGCGUUCGAGUUCCAAACGACGGCGUGAAAAACGAAUUUUCCAAUUAUAAAAUGAUUUGAUUAUUUGCCAUAAUAUUAAUAACUUCGGUGCCGCGGUAUACCUGUACAGCGCAUACCUACCGACGGGAUUCGAUUAUAUUAUAAUAAUAUUUUAUUUUCGAAUAAAUUUAAUGUAAACGUUUUAUAAUUAAAACGCGUUUAGAAAAAAAAAAAAAAAAAAAUAAUAAUAAUAAUAAAAAAACUCAAAUAAAUACAUUACGCAACGCUCCAUGGGCGGAGGCGGCGGCGGCAGGGCGGUGAAAAGUGUUAUGGGGUGAGUGGUGGGGGGAGGAAACGAAUUUAAAAAUACUCGAAGCGCGUGAACUGCCGCGCGGUUUUUAUUACGAAAUCACGUGGAAACGAAAUAACAUUAUUAUACACAGGUGCAACACACGGCAAUCUACGUCAUAAACUAAACCGUAUAAAACAUAAUAGAAGGUUUUAAUAUGCGUCGCAAAAAACGCGAUCUAUAACCGUGUUGUUUUUCAACUCAUCCGCGCGGGCCACGCGCAGUAAAACGGAAUGUUUUUUUUUUUCUCGCCCAUAGGUAUUUGAUGUUUUUUUCCGCCCGAAAGAAACGCGGAUUUCGUCGCAUCCGACAAUAAUAAUAAUUAUGUAUUCGCCGAUAUUCGAAAUGGAGGGGAACGGGAAGGACGUGGCGGCACGAAUUUUCCUCUAUUUUUUUUUUCCUCAGUUAACUGCUAGGUAGGUAAAUUAAAUUACCCACGUUUGAAAAGUGGCGUAGAAACCCUCCUGCCCUCCGCUCGGAUCGAGUUCAAUAAUCUCAAGGGGACGACGAUUGGUUUUUCUCUGUUUUUUUUUUUAUUAUUCCUCCAAUAAACGAGCACCGAAUAAAAUAACUACUUACUAUCGAUAUGGUAUGAGUAUUUUUUUUUGUUACGGUCGUAGGCGAAUUUUUGUAUUGCCAUUAUUAUUAUUAUUAUUAUUAUUUUGUAGUCCACUAAUAUUUCUUAAAACGAAAUCAAAUCCUCCACACCUACGUUUAUAAUUUAUUAUUUUUGUUUAUAUUUGGAGGAGUAGUUUUUUCGGGUCGUGGUAUAUCGCUCGAAGACUUUUGUCUGUUACUCGUCUUUUUUCCCCCACCGGUUGUUCAUUUUUAUAUUUUAUAUUUACAUCGCAUUUUUUAUUCCUGGACCAGGUAUCGGCGAGACUAUCACCAACCGCCUGGUCGGCUUGGGCGCUCACGUGUUCGCCGUCGGACGCGAUCCAGCAAAAUUACCGCCGGCCAGCCCUAACCUCACGCCGGUGUGUGCCGACGUCGGGAAAUGGGAAGCGUACGAGACGAUCAAAGCUCUAGGACCGGUAGACGGACUGGUCAACAACGCUGGCGUCGCGUACAUCGAGUCGUUUUUGGAUAUGACCCAAGAAGGAUGGGACAAGUAAGCGUUUCCGGACAUUUUUUUUUAAAUUUUUUUAUUAAUGAAUAUCCACUGCUCGUGCCCCGCGUCCCAUGCAAAAGAGCUUCUCGAGCACAUAGACGGGACCACCCUCCCUCUGAAACUUCCGUUACAGAGUCUACUGAUUCAGCCGUUUGUUUUUCCUGCCGUGGACACACGGUGUAUCAAUGACACCGACCGUUUCACAGGAUUCGUGUCUAGGCGAUUUCUCGUUUUAACGCGUUACGCAGCGUCUUCAUAAGACGUAACUGGCGUUGUUAGUGAACGGCUUGAGUGGCUGUUACUGUACUUGCGUGUUAAGUGGCGCGGGAUAACCUCUCACGCGCGCACACGCACAAGUAUUAUUGCUACCGUUUAUAACUCACACAAUCCGUGCAACGAAAACUAUCAGACUCUCGGCAAUCGCAUAAAUAACAAUUCUGAAAACAGAUUUGGAUUCGACAUGAAUGAUUCGGCUGAAUGAGAUCGAUCGGUUUUAAAAAUAUUGUUUUAAACGAUAAACGUUUAUGAGGGGGAAAAAAAAAAAAAUGUAACAUUUUUAAUCCAAAGUAUGGCAAAAUAAAAUUUUAAAUUUUAAAAAUAUACGCCUGGUCGUUCUCGUCUAGACGUCGUGUAGAAUUCGAAUCUGUUUUCACGAUGUUUACUAUCGCUUCGCUACAUUGACCGGAUUGAUUACCGAAAUUUCUGGGUAAUUUUUACCCGAAAAAUCAUUCGGUAUCCAAUCGCGUUGUGCAAAAUCCCACGGACUUCACUUCGCGUCCAUUUUGACACGGAAAAAUUCCUCCAAAACCGCCACGAAGUGCUUUGAUUUGUUUUAUCGAAAAUAUCAUUAUUAUCGUCGUGGUUUUAUAAUAUUGUAUACACAACGUUUGUUAUUAUUCGUUUGCGGUUUUCAGCACGUUGAACAUCAACUCGCGGGGAAUCGUUAGGAUCAGCCAGGCCGUGGCCAAGAACAUGAUCGAUGCGAAAAUCAAAGGAUCCAUCGUCAACGUGUCGUCGACCAUUUCCGAAGUACGUUUUCUUUUUCCCAGUAAAAUAUUAUCGUGGCACAUUGGCGUUUUCCCAGUUUUUACUCGCGGUUUUUUUGCUCUCGAGUGUGCCGUGCACAUUGUCAAUUUUAGCACAUCCCCUUCAACACCCCCCCCCUCCCCCUCAAAAGCAAACACCGAACCGACGACGGUCCGGCUUGGAAACGAAAUCCGGACGAUAUUACGUAAUAAUCAGUAUUAUUUUGUUGAAAAUAACAUAUCGGUUAUGAUAAUUCAUACAAAGGUUACGUUUCGAUAUUCUGGCGCAGGUUCAAAGGUCUCUGUUGCCGUAUUAUACGGUGGCGAUAAAAUAAUAUACAAUAAUAAUUUGACGAAGCGUUUUUCGUUUGCUCCGACGUUCCACGGAAUUACUAUUACGACUGAUAACAAUUAUUGUUAGGCGUUAUUAUUAUUACCGAUUGUUGUGUUGUUAAGUAAUCGCGCGGUACUUACGAAAUUUUAUUACGAAAUCGCGUGCGUUGAAUUUCGCAUUUUUCCUCGGGUCUUCCAUUAAUAAAAUAAUUUAAAUCAAUCGAUUAAAUAAACGGCCACGUAUGAGUUUUAAGUUAUAACCGAUCGAGUACGUCGUUAUCGUAUUGUAAUAAUACCUAUUGAUAACUGAAAUCGCGUUACGGAAAACAAAAAAUAAUAACAACAACGACUAAUGUAUAUAAUUUUGUUUCUAAAAGGCGAGUAUUCGUUUUCGAUCAGUUCUUCUUUGUACCGAAAUCGACAAACAACGUACCGGUUUUAACGAUUUUUAGUUGCCUUCUCGUGCGGAAUUCUUCAUUUGGAAAUGCGCGAUCUAUUCUUCUUCUUAUCUUUCGCCUUCACCCCACAGGGUCGACCGCCCUUCUCAAUGACAUCCGACCAUUCUCUUUUCCGGCCUUCCACUUCCUUUCUUUUCUCCUGAGUUUAGUUUCAUUUCCACUCCUAUUGUUUCUGAUCUCACUCUCCUCGUGAUAUACCCAAACCGUUUUAUUAUAUUACCUCUAAUUAUGUCAACCGUUGAAGCCACGUCUAUGCUACGUCUUAAGUACUCGUUCAGUAUCCUACAUCCUUCGUCACUUCACUCAUCCAUCUAAGCAUUCUCGCCUCUGUUACACUCAUUUUCUGAUCUGUUUUUCUGUCUAUCGCCCCAACACUCCGGGCCGUACAACAUACUCAAUAUUAACGUAAUUUAUUAUUUGAUAAAAAAUCAACGUUUAAAUGCGAACUGUUCGCGACUAAUAGUGUUACAUAAUAUUGCGUAAAACGUGUAAAAUGGAUAAAACGUAAUAUUUAUAAGAACGCCGUUCGAAAAUGUUAUCGUUUUUACACCUAUUUAAUAUUAGUACGUACUCAUAAUAAUUAGAUUACCAGAUUCAUACCUGUAAUACGUUAUCGAGAACUUUUUUCCUUUUCAUAUUUUGUCAGAUUUCUGAUAAUAAUAUUCACGACUCAUAAACUAAUCAUAAAAAAUUACUUUACGCGUAACUUUUUUUUUCUUUAACUCCAAAUAAGAUUUAUAAUGAACUCCGUGUAAAAUUAUCAAGCAUUUCUGCUUGACCAGAGCGAUUUUGUGCACAUAAAACCAAAUAAAAACUACAAAAAAAACCCCGGAAAUUUCUAUUGCCUGUAGGUAAAUAGCUCAACAAUAGCCUGAAUGUUUGGAAAACUUUACCACAUCUAAAAAAGGCUUAUAUAAUAUGUAAGUAAUCUGUGAACAUUUCAAAUAAACUUUCCCGUUUUUUCUUUUCUUCCCGGGUUAAUAAAACUGCAAAGAAAACUAAAAAAACGACCUCCUCAAUGUACUAUCUAAACACAAUUAUUCUCAGAAAAAAAGCCAUACUUUGAGAUUUCUGGUUGAAAAGUUUUCACCGGCACCAAAAAACAAACUAUAUGAAACUUCUUUGAAUUUCCUAAUUUUUAUCGUUCCGUGUAUUUUUUUCCCUGUGAAAUAUUUGCCUAAUUUUUAUCGUGCUUGUAAUUUUUCGUUUCUAAUAUUGACGUUCCUAAAAUAAUGUAUUCCCAAAAAAAAUCGCUCCUGGUUAUUUAAAUUCCUGUAAAAUAUAGUCCCUGAAUUUAAUAGUUCCUGGUUUUGACUCUUGUGGCAAAAACACGUUCGAGUACGUGACUAAGAGAAAAAAUGAAAAAAAAAUAUUUUUAUUGUAUGUGGAUAGAGACUAUAAAAUACACUCGUUUGAGCCUCUGAAAAGUUUACAUUGCAUAACACCACCCUUCCGGUAGUACUAAAAUAGAUCCGGGAAGGUUUACAGGUCAUUUUAAUCGGAAGAGUUUACAAUCGCUCCGAUAUUGGAACAGUGUGCCAAGUUUAUGCCGAUUUUUAUGAUUUAUAAUUUUUAUUUUUUUUUUUUAACCAAAUACAUAAUUAUUAUAUUAUCUCGACGUGGUGUUUUUAAUCGGAUAUUUUUCUUUGCAGAGAGCUAUCCCGGACCACACAUCGUACUGCGCUUCAAAAGGCGCCGUCAACCAAGUGACCAGAGUGAUGAGCAUCGAACUCGGGCCGUACGGUAUCCGUACCAACAACGUCAACCCAACCGUGGUCAUGACGAAAAUGGGCGCCAAAGCGUGGUCCGACCCGGAAAAAUCCGAUCCGAUUUUGAAGAGAAUACCGUUAGGCCGAUUCGCGGGUAAUUAUUAUGAUUUGUAUUUCCUCCAGCCCCCUGCCCUUCAAGAGAGUUCUCAAAUUUCGCACGAUAAAAACAAUUCAACAACUGACGUAGGAGAAAAAUCCCCUCGCGAUUGUACCAAAUCGAUUGGAUCGUAAACGUAUCAACUAUUGUUAUACCCAAUAGAGCCGUUUUUUAUAUCGGUUUUGUUUGUUCCGGUAAAAAAAAAAAAAAAAAACGCCGAAACUUAAAGUUUCGAUUGAUUUACGAGCGCAAUAAUUGAAACAGUUUCUCUUUUGGUUUUUUUUCUCUCGCUUAUUUUCCUUAAUCAAAUACGCGAAUACUAUACCAUGACAAGUAUAUGGCUUUGGUAACCGGCGUAGGCCGAAUAAUAUAUUUAUUAGAUAGUAUACGAGUAUUAUACGGUUAUUGUUUUUCGAGUCUAUAGUUUCGGUUGUUUUUUUUUUGUUGGUUUAUAAAUGAUGUGACGUUAUCGGUUAGGUGUAUAAUGUAUACACAUAGGUAUUAAGGUAAUCGGUUAACCGUUCAUUACACUAAUAAUAUUACGCGCCGUUUUUACCGAGGUAUUUAUAUUCCGUUUGACUCAUAUACCUACUACUAUGCUAUGGCUGUAGUAACGAAGGGAGUUUGUUGGUUUUUACGACGAUUCGUUAUUAUUAAGUAUAUUAUAACAAUGUAUCGUGCAUACAGGGCGGCUCUUUUGUCGCCAAACACUCGUUGUUUCGAAAAAAAAAAAAAAAAGCCCUUUUUCCGGGGAGGGGGAGAAGACUACGGGAUUUCGGUUUUCAAACGUCCACCCAUAUGGGAAACGCCACAAAUCGCCACGGGGUAUUAUUAGUUUGAAUACAUUUCGAAAUUGACAUUUUUAGAUUUCCGUCGAUCCGUUGACGAGAUAUUCCCGGGUAGCGGGAGACUAGUGGAGCGUCAUUGACGGCGAAACCUCACCGUAGAAUAAUUAUGUACGCGAAAUUUAUACUAUAGGUACCAUGAAAUAAAUAUAAUAGAUAAAAGUUAUUUAUUUUAUUUAAAAACGAAAAAAAUAGUACUUUUCGACUACGAAUAUACGACGACAAACCCACGAUAUCGUAUUUUUAUUUUAUUUUUUUUCCCCAUGAUAACAUUUAAGGAUCGUUGCGCAUUGUGAAAGUAUAUUGUACAUUAUCAUUUACCGAUGUCAUUAAUAACUUAAUGAAUAGCUAUUAUAAUAUCCGAAACUGAUGGGAAAUGACGUCUAAAAUAUUACGAACUCGCGUAAUAACUCCGUAUAAUAACACGUAUACAAACGAUCGUUUAUUUUUCACUAACGACGCGUUCAAAUCGUUAUAAUAAUUGUUUCUGUGUAUGGAACACGUUCCAUUAUACGCGUUUCACGUCGAUUUUUGUAUUUUUGUAAUUUUUUUUACGAACCAAAAACUGUCUCUGAACAGAUUUUCAAUCAAUUACUUGUACCGGUGACGUAAUUUGGUGCAGAUUUUGGAGGGAGGAUGGACGGUUUUUUUGAAAAUUGUAUAGAGGGCGGCUACGGAAAAGAUUCUUGGGCUUAUUUUCAGGAGAGGGGGUGAGUAAGGGAUUUGAAAAAAAAAUCCAUUGCUAUUAUAACAUAAUACGUUACAUUUAAAUGAGACAAUCAGUCGGCAAAUAGAAUAUCAAUAACAAACGAAUUAGGACAUUUAUGAUAAAAUACAGAUCUAAUUGGCUCCAAAGCCAUUUCAUACAGUGUCAGUUUUCACUAACUAUGUCAAUUGACCUAUCAGUACAAUUCUAUGCGUAUGUUCAUGUAAUCGAUUCUAACGAACAAAAUAUUUAUUUAUUAAAUACGUGUGUGUAGUAUCAUAAUUUUAAAUUAUACCUCUGAUAUCGUAUUCCACGAGUCAUUUUUAACAGUGUAACCUCGGCUACGGAUUAUAAUUUUGGUUCAAAUUAAUUUCGCUCGUACAUUUAACACACGAAAUUUAGUUUCAAAACGUUUUUAUACCCUAUGAUUGUAUGAAAAAAAGCCAAGUGGGAGGAUUUGACGCCCAGAUUCCACGAUUUCGUCGCUGACCCGUAAUAGCUAUAGGUAUUUCGUUGAAUAUGAAUACCCGAAUGGCGAUUAUUUUUUCUAUAUAAAUCAACUUAAGCCGUUUCAGUUUUUUACCGUUAUAUAUUAGUUGGCGGUUUUAAAAGUGCUACCGAGACCAUAUUUUUCGUUCGCGGGUAUUCUCCGAAUGUUGUUACCGCCAUCCAUUACCAAUAUUUCUCGAGUAAGAUCCCGAACUACUUUUCGUCACUAUUGUACUCCCAUUCUAACGCGGUAUUUUUUCUACAAAAUCCAUCCAUCAUUUCCUAGGCCGAACCUCGCAGAGUGUCUUGACAAUUGGUUUCCGAUAUUCAGAACUGCUCGGUAUAUACGACGUAAUAUAUCCUACGUAAUCGAUCAAAAUGAAUACGGGAAAUUACCGAUGAUAUGAGACAAAUGUCAGUCGUGUUAUUUUCAAAAAAAAAAAUAAUAAUAAAAAAUAACCGUACCGAAGUAUAAUUAUUUUGUACGUCCAGUCGACGAAUAUUUCAAUAUUCGGACACCAGACAGUAUUCUGAAUAUACUUUUUCUCGGUCUUGUUUUAAAAAAAUUAAAAAUCAACUAUAAGAUGUGUUCUUUAGUUUACCUAGUAAAAUUCAUUUACGGGGUUAAUAACGAUUAUUCGAUUUUUCACCCGGUGUUAGUCGGUUUGAAACAUUUUUCAAAAUCCUCGGCUGUUAAAAGAUAACGCAUAAUUAUGUGUUUGUAUAAUAUUUACAGGUUCCUUGAGUCGUCAACAGAACUCUGCGAACUUACACUAUUUUCCAAUACCCACGUAUUCUUAAAAUAUUCCGAAUACCGUUUUACGUAUAAUACACUUGUAUACAAAUUAAUAUUUGUUUUGAACAUUAUUAAAAUGUGUUUUUACCCAAGUCCGUCGGACACUCAGCCGGGCUUACGAAUGAUUUUCGGUAUUAUAGUUAUUUCGGUUUUCGUCCUACUUGAAGGCAAUCGAGUCGCUCUUCUCCAAUCGUGUAUAAUACUCAGUUGGAAUGGGAAAAAACCAUAAAUAUAUUAAAACAUAUAUUUUACAUUUAUAAUAUUAUUAACAAUAAUCGCUUAUCGUAUUGAUUUAUUGUACUAUUUCAUUCAACUGCAGGAUUACUUCGCGUAUAAAUAUUAUCGCGUAUAAAUAUUAUUAUCUAAUCGUAUAUUUUUUAUGGGGUUCGUACCACGGUCAACCGAAAUUAACACGCACUUUUUAAAUGGAUGGAACGUAGUCCUCGUGAUUCACCUCGUUCGGUCUCUAUCGAAGCGUGAAAUACAAGUAGUAGAAAAAAAAAACGCUAUCAAUAAAAGUAAAUAUUUUUGUUAUUACCACCAAAAGCACGGGCCUUUAACAUAUUGUUCUGGUACAAUGACGUUCCUUUAACGUUACUUUAUGAUUUGUCUAUAAGUCUCAUUCGGUGGCGAAACUGCCAAUUUUGAAAAUGGGAGGUGUCGUAUACCGGAUAUUACUAAAUCCAAUUCGUCGGAUGAUAUUUAUCGAAAAACUCCGAUUAUAUAAUACGAAUUAAAUAAUCUAGGGUCGAAAUAUUUAACCGAAAAACUUUGGUCGGACAAUUCGACGAUUUCGAGUAUUUUUACAUAUCGCUUUUUUGAUAGUUUUAAUGUUUUUGAAAAUUACAUUUUAUUUAAAAAUUUAAAACAAAAACAAUCGAUUUGUGUGCAUGCUUGACAAAUUAUCCAUCCCUACAUGUAUACAAAUUGCCAUGAAAAAUAACUGAUUUUUAUUCUAACCGGUUGUCUAAAUAAUUAUUAAUUUUUUAAUAUUUGUGUUUUUGUUUGUUUUUAGAAACCGAUGACGUGGCCAACGUUACUCUGUUUUUGCUUAGCGACUACGCUACGUACGUGAACGGUGUAUCAAUUCCAGUCGACGGUGGAUUUUUGACCGGUUGAUCGACCAAUGCGUAUAUUUUUCAAUCGGCGAUCGUAUCAAAACGGCACAAUUAUUAUAACUGUUUGAAAAUCGAAAAAAAAAACUAGUUUAAUAUACUAUAAAAUAUACAAUUUCCCUUAUAUUUUACGAUAAAUUAUAUAAUUAGACGUGUAGCUUGAUUGAUUAUAAUAAUUAUUAUGUAUUCGUUUUGUUUAUGUGUCUAACCUUAAGACUUUUUUUUUUUUUUUGUAAAACAACAAAAUUAUUAAUAAAUUUAAUUAUGACAAAAUAAUAUAUAAGUUUUAAAACAAAAAUCUCAUGUAGUUUUAUAUUAUUUAUAAUAGAAAACUAUUAUUUCAAAUCGAUUCACCUCGUUAUUUUAUAAUAUUUCUUUAGGUAUAAUUUUAUUUGUCCGAUCGAUUUAAUUUUUAGAAUAAUGAAAUAUUGUACUGAUAGCUUAUUAUGAUUUGAAUUUGGUUUACAUAUUAUUGUACAGAUCAAUAAUUUUUAAUGUGUAUCGACUUUAUGAAAUAAACAAAAAUAUCGUGAAGAGUAUUUCGAAUUUCAAUAGUUAAAAAUUUAGAAUUUGGUACCUAAUCUUUGUAUAAUAUAUUAUUUUCUCAAUAAUCAAUUGAAUUAAAACAAAAACCUCUUAAAUAUCUAAAUCAUAAAUUAAAGAUAUUAUUAAGGAUGGGCCAGUUAACUCAAUUUAUUUCGAUAAUAUUAACUCAGUUAAAUUGAAUUAAUCGAAUAACAUCUUUACAAGUUAAUUGUUAGGGAUUGUUUCUUUGUUUUAUGUAAAGUUAACGAAGUCACGUUAAAUUUAAAUUGUU